ACCUCGCCCGUUCUCUAGCCUCCCAACAUCCCCUUCAACACCCUUCGACACAUUAAACAACCUGUACCUUUAAGCUCCCUCGCGCCCUUGCUCACUCAGAGACAAUGGCGCAAUACGGUCCUUUGACUCUGGAAGAAGAACGCGUGGCGUCACGACAACGUCUCUGCAAAGUCAAAUCCAAGCACAAUGAAGCGAAGGCGAAACUAGAUAAGAUUAUAGCGGAAAGGGCCCGGUUGGAGGCCCAGUUGAAAGAACUGUGGAAACACCAGGACGAUGCGAAAGAAGCGCUCGAUUCCGCAGACAAGCUCUUGGAAGACGCCGCGGUUUCCUGCUCCAAGGCGGAGUCGCCCACGCUCGCGCAUGCGAUUAACGAGAAGCUACCGCGCGAGAUCCGAGAUCUUAUCUACGAGCUCUGCUGGAAUGAUGAACUCCAGAAGUAUGGCCCGAAUUAUGACCCGUGGAACUCCUACGCAAAUAGUUGGCCUCAUUUCGUCUUGCCCGAGUUUGUUGGACAAGAAGCCGCUGAAGAAGCAGGAGCCGUUUUCUACAGAAUCGUACCCGCCGUCGUAGAUGCAGGUAGGGCUUCCCGAGGUCGCAGGCUCACCAGCGACUUCUUCGACCUUGGUCUCGCCCCAACCGACUACCUUAGCACAAUCAUCUUCCCGAUUUAUCCCCAUCAUGUGAGCGGUACGAAGAUACCGCAACCUUACGCUAACUGGGUCUCUCGUUUCUUGCUUGACGCUCCCUUUCCGCAGACGAAAAAUUUCCCCAAAGUCACAUUUGACCUGAGAGAGAUCAGGCCAGCAUAUCUUUUCAGUUUCCUCGAAAUCAUUCGCCCAGCCUGUAGGAAACUGAAGAGCAGGGGCUCUAUAAUCGCCUGCAACUGGGAAUGGACAUUCUCAUCACAAGCGAGUCCUCUUCAGGCCCGGCUUGAAGUGUUGCUCGACCUGCCGCGUGCCCAAUGGACAGAGUGCCUGCUCGCUGCAUGCAAGGAUCCGAAAUCGCCGCACUACGAUAGCGUAAAGACACGCAUCGCUUGUGACUUAAGGAAGGGAAAGUCGCCGGAAGAGUAUUCGGACAGGUCAGAGUCCGAGGAAGAGGAAGACGAAGACUUUUUUAUCUAAAAGAAACGUGUUAGCAUUACCUUGGUUUUCCCGGCUAUUGAAGAUCUUGAAAGGAAGCUCCCCAGAGUACACCGUAGAGCAAACAGGUACGGACGCCGCAGCCUGAGAAGCGAAUAAUGUGGCGACAUGGGGUAGCUUGUUUUUGACUAGUAGUAGAUAACUGCACAUAAUUGCACUGGGAGAACAUUGUAGACAGCGGACAGUCGAUAGGGU